AUGAUUCUUAACCGAGAGGCAAGAAAUUGUACACUCAGUUUUAAAGAAGCAAAAAUUUUGAAAAAAUACAAAGACUCCAAAGGUGUAUUGUUGACUACUUGUAAAACAUGCAACAGAACAGUUAAACAUCAUGGUAAAAGUAGAAGCUUUCUCUCAGCACUGAAGAGCAGUCCUACCACUCCUACGAGUAAGCUCAGCCUGAAGACACCAGAGAGAAAGACUCCGAGUUCUGCAAAGCUGAGUCAUAUGUAUGGCUCCAAAGGCAAGAGCCCUGCCUCGAUAUUCAGGACACCUACAUCUGGACAAUCAACACCCACUUGUGCCUCAAAGAAUAUGAGCAAAAGAAAGAAACACCUUUCUCAACUAAAAAUGUUGCUUAGUCAAAGUGAAACCCAAAAGAACUCAAAGGUGGACUUCAGGAAUUUCUUAUUGUCUUUGUAAAAGAUGGGCUGUGAAAAUAAAUGUU